GGAAAAAAGCACGCGCACCCACACCCGACGUCCACUCCGCUCCCGGUCCCGCCCCAGGCUCCGCCGCCGCCGGCCGACGUCGCCUCCUCCUCGGCGGAUCUGCACGGCGGCGCACCAGGGACGGCUCACCGGCCCUCCUUUCGCCGCCGACGAGCUGGCGCCCCCCUAGGCGAGGCGGUACCACGCCGCCCAGCGCAUAAGCGCGCCUAGGCGAGCGCGGAUCAACGCCUUGGUACACGGCAUGCACGACAUUGGUCUCUCCGCCCGCGCCGCCGGCGCGUCCUCUUCCUCCUCCCCGGCCGCGGCCGGGGACGACGACGACAAGCCCAAGACCCGGAAAGCACACCCCGCCUUCGUUGCCGCCGCCUACGCGCGCCUCCACUACUCCCAUCGCGCCGCCGUCGCCCUGUUCCUCCUCCUCGCCGUCGCGGUCGCCGCCUUCCUGGCGGGCCGCUCCUGCCCCAGCAUCGAUUGCGCGACGCCGCGCCUCUAUGCGCGCUUCCUCGCCCACCCCGAUGCAGCCGCCGCCUCCGAUUUUGGCUCCCUCGGCGUCCCGUGGUGCAGAUCAAAAACAGGGAAGACAGUGGAAUGGACUUAUAAGGACCUACUUAACGGAUUGGAAGAAUUUGUGCCAAUAUAUGAGACCCGCCCCAUCAAGAAUAACAUGUAUGGAAUGGGCUUUGACCACAGCUUUGGGCUUUGGUUUAUGGCUCGCUGGCUUAAACCGGAUCUGAUGAUUGAGAGUGGUGCUUUCAAGGGGCACUCUACUUGGGUCUUGCGGCAGGCCAUGCCAAAUACUAGGAUUAUAUCACUCUCCCCAAGACACCCUGAGAAAUAUAUUAAGAAGGGACCUGCAUAUGUUGAUGGUAACUGUACUUAUCUUGCUGGGAAGGAUUUUGUCGAUUUUGGAAGCGUUGAUUGGGAAAAACUAUUGAGAAAUCAUGGUAUUUCUGAUCCCAGUAAGGUGCUUGUUUUCUUUGAUGACCACCAAAGUGAGUUGAAAAGGUUAAAGCAGGCACUAAAAGCUGGAUUUCGGCAUCUCAUAUUUGAGGACAACUAUGAUACUGGUACAGGUGACCAUUAUUCCUUGAGACAGAUCUGUGAUCAAUUCUACAUCAGAGGUGGUGGACAUAGCUGCUUCUGGGAUAGUGAUGAAGCAAGAUUUAGAUUGAAACGGAAGAAGCUUUGGGAGAAGGCCGUUGAGACAGCUGAUUUAUGUGGAAACGAUGAUGCAUGGUGGGGUGUUAGGGGCUACAUGCGAGACAAUUUCAACCAUAGCAAUAAGGUCAUUUCAUACAAAGAGCAUUUCCAGAACAGUAGGCUUGUUGAAUCUGUGUUAGAUUUGUAUUGGGAGCUUCCUCCUGUUGCUGGUCCAUCGUUAACACAUCAAACAAGGUAUGACCCAGCACGUGCAGCUGACCCUAUUAUCGAAGAUGGUCGCUAUGGCUUGUUUCGAAGAACGGGUCUAGAAAGAUUGGAUGCAUCAGUGUUCAACGGUUACACUCAGAUGGCAUAUGUUGAGAUAUCAGGCUCAACAUUGAACAUAGACGACGUUUAAAGAUUUUGCCUGGUGGCCUUAUUUUCUUAUUGAUAAGUAGAAAUGUUGAUAGGCUUUUGUACAACACUGGUGCACUGUCAUGCUUACGUGGUUCCUUGUGGUGCCUUUUAGAUGUGUGCCAAAUUAACGAAGGGCUGUAUUUCAUGGGUGAGGUAUCCUUUUCUGUGAAUUAAUGACAAGGAUUAAUUGAGUACCUUCGCUA